CCCACCAGUGUGAGAGACGGAGACAGAGAAGGACCUCAGCUCAGUUCUGCGGGCUCCCCAUUGGCUGGCGGUUUGUACAAAAUCUAACUCAAACCACUUCAGUCUGAACAAAUCCUAAAGGCGCACACGCAGCCUCCUCCGCAGCUCCACCGCCGCCUUUAGCGUCAUUUCAGAGCCCGAUGCUGCGCUCAUCGCUCAACUUUUAUCUGUGCUGUUGUUCUCAUCAGCUGGCUGAAGGAGGUUGCUCCUGCUUGGUUUUUGGAGAUUUUGUGACUCGGACUCGUUGACUUCUGCGCGGUUUUUUUUAUUUUAUUUAUUUUUUUGUUAUUUCCCUCAAACAGAGGAAGCAAGAAAAAGAAGCCAAUUCUACACCUAAAUGCCAGGGUAUCCGGUGUAACACGGAGCCCACGGAGAUCAAAGAGAACACAAGGGGCGCCUUCGGAGCGACAUCAGUUUUCAAAAUUUUCUCCAACUUCAGCCCUCAGACAAACAUUAGCAUGAUGUCGUAUCUAAAGCAACCACCUUACACUGUCAAUGGCCUGAGCUUAACAACCUCCGGGAUGGACCUUUUGCAUCCAUCAGUGGGUUAUCCAGCCACGCCACGAAAACAAAGGCGAGAAAGGACUACUUUUACGCGCGCACAGCUCGACGUUUUGGAGGCGUUGUUCGCCAAAACCAGGUACCCGGACAUAUUCAUGCGCGAAGAAGUGGCGCUGAAAAUCAACUUACCUGAGUCCAGAGUACAGGUUUGGUUUAAGAACCGGCGGGCCAAGUGUCGCCAGCAGCAGCAACAACAACAGAACGGCGGACAAAACAAGGUGCGACCCCCAAAAAAGAAAAGUUCCCCAACCAGGGAGGUGAGCUCGGAGAGCGGGGCCAGCGGCCAGUUCACGCCCCCCACUAGCACCACCACAGUCCCCGCCAUCCCCACCAGCACCGCCCCGGUGUCCAUUUGGAGCCCCGCGUCUAUUUCUCCUCUCUCGGACCCCCUGUCUACCUCCUCUUCCUGCAUGCAGCGGUCCUACCCCAUGACCUACACUCAGGCCUCGGGCUACAGCCAAGGCUACGCCGGGUCGACGUCCUACUUCGGGGGCAUGGACUGCAGCUCUUACCUCACUCCAAUGCACCACCAGCUGUCGGGGCCCGGCUCGACUCUCAGCCCGAUGAGCACGAACGCCGUCACAAGCCAUCUGAACCAGUCUCCGGCGUCCCUCUCCACCCAGGGCUACGGGACGUCCGGCCUGGGCUUCAACUCCACGGCAGACUGCUUGGAUUAUAAGGACCAAGCGGCGUCAUGGAAGCUGAACUUCAAUGCCGAUUGCUUGGAUUAUAAGGAUCAAACAUCCUCAUGGAAAUUCCAGGUCCUGUGAACAGAGCAGUGACGAUCACAUGAGACGCAGUUCAGCCAUCCUUCAAUAAAACUCAACAUCAGACUGGUUGAGCCUGGCUGUGCUCUCCUUUUUUUUUUUAUCCCGGUGGUCUUCGGUACUCCUAAAGGAGAGGUUUAAUUUAUUUUAGCACUGGCAUAUAGAUUUUUCCCCCUUUCAUUCACAACUUGUAGCCCCUCAUCCACCUCUAUCAUUGCGUGCCUCUGUGCGUAAAAACACCUGUUGAGGACAACCGCAGCCACGGAACUAAAACUUCAGUGAGUCCUGCUGAAGUGCAGACCUCUUUAAAAAAAAUGAACCUGCUGGCAGAGAGACAUGAGGAUACUGUGUGGACAUGGAUGCACUACUUUAUUUAAGAAAAAGUGUUUAUAAGGAAUCAAUAUGUAGUUUCUAAGAGACAAUCAGUGUGCGUCUUAAAUAAAUGGUACAUAGGUGUUUUUUUUUAUCUGUGCUAUAGCCUUCGAAACUGUGAUCUGUUGUAUUGUAUGCAAUUUGUGAGCCCCCUCUCGCAUCAGACUCUCUGCUGUGAUUUUAAUAGAUUUUUAACUUUUUUGGGACAAAAACUGAGCUAAAAGUAAAAUUCAAAGUGACACAGAGACGAGAUUUUUGUUUUCUGCAGGCACAUUAUGGAGGGUUAGGCCAUACUGGAAAAGACUCUCAGCUGCUUGCUCCCCCCACCCCACCCCUCUACUGAUCUGAUUGUGGAUCCUUCUCUCGGUCCCCCAAAGAGAGUGUGACCUCACCACUGAAAAGACAUGAAUAAAGAUCCUGUGGGCUUACUCUUCUACCAAAAAUACAUGUGUGUGUGUGUGCGUGUGAAUGUGUGUGUGG